CAAGAGUUGUAGAAUAGAUCAGAUCUACACAUGAUUUUUUUAAAUUUCAUAGGGUACUCUGUUAUGAUAUCUCAAGAUUUAGAAUAGAUCUCUCUAGACAAAGUGUCGUUAGAAUCUAUUCAGUUAAUUCCAGUAAUUUGGUUGUAUCCGAAUUUGCCACAUAUAAAUUAACAAAAAGUGUCAAAAAGUGAGUUUGAAAGUGCCAAGAAGUGGCUAUCGACGUCGUACGUUGUAACUUUAACGUUGGCGUGACCGUGCGAACGUUUAGUAACGUAGCUGCGUAGGCUUAGCGCCUUAGAGAGUAAUGAAAUGAUAAUAUUAUGAAGUACAUUUAUAAAUAAAAUCAGGCCUAGUCUACUGUAGUUGACUACUACUACUAGAUCUAGACAGUAAAGUAGAUUUUCUAGUGAAACUACCCGUCAGAUAAAACAGAAUCAUGGAAGAGGAAUUCUCCUUUGUUGAUUUGUCCAGUACACAACUGCAAAACAUGAGCUUGAGUUCUGAGGCAGAUUCAGAGCUUCUGUCUCCAGCUGAACUUGUUCCAGAGAGUGUAAUGCCUUCAACAACAGCAGAGCUUGUUGGAAUGUUGAAGCAAGCAGGAACAGAACUCACUAUCAAAUAUAUAACAGGGGAAAUGAGCUUUGAAGACUUUUGCCUGGAGCUGGAGAAACUGAAGCCAAACAAAUCACCAUCCAAACCAGCUUCAGCUUCCACUCAGAGCAGUUCUAAAUCAAUUUUCACCAUGGGAUCAGUCCCAUCCAUCAGCAAGCAGGUUGAUGAAGGGGAUGAGGAAGACAUGGAAGAGGAGGAUGAUGACGAUGAAGAGAAUGAGGAGGAAGAGGACAGUGAAUUUGUGGAUGCUGGUGAAAUGGUGGACAAGCAUGACGAGGAGUGGAUCCCAGGGGCCAAGUUCCAAAAACUUGAGAAAGGCAAACGAGGAAAACCCAAAGAAGCAAAAGGUGAACUGAAACAUGUUGAGUUUAAAAAGCCGCGCAGAAAGAGACGCAAACUUUUUGAUUUACCAAAAGAUCUGGCUGGUAUCAAUGGACGUGCCAUGCUCUUGCGAGCACAGGGUAAAACAGACGAGGCUGUGAAUUUAUUGUAUGAAAUUAUAAACAGAGCCCCAAAAGCUGCAGCACCGUAUCAUGCUUUAGGAAGUAUACAUGAAGAGAAAGGAGAUAUACAACAAGCUCUUAAGUUUUACAUGGUGGCUGCAAACCUUCGAGGCCAAUACGCCACAGAAUGGAUGGAAUUGGCCGAAAUGUGUAUUAAUUUAAAUGAUGAAAAAAUGUCCACCAUCUGUUUUCAAAAAGCCUUGAAGAAUGCCACAUCAAAUUCAGCAAAGCUUGAGAUCUUAUCCAGGAAAUGCGCUCUCCUUGAGAGCUUUCCCAUUAAGGUUCUUCACUGCAGGGAACAGAUGUUACAGUAUAUGGACAGGAGUAAUACUAGCACUAUACUUACACUGGCCAGAAAUAUUGCUAAUGACUACAUGGAGUUCAAAGAAGAAGAUGGAGCUAUUUCAGUACUGGAGUAUAUCCACAAAGAGUUUCCUAAUGAUAUUGAUUCCGAAGAUGUACACAAUCUUGCUGAGCUCCUUAUGUCACAAAAACAUUAUGACAAAAGUUUAGAGAUAAUUGUUCGGCACUGUGGAGUGGAUCUAAUCUUCUGUACUGGUACACCUUCCUCAGAGGAACUGCUGCCUGCCAUUGAAAAUUUUAUCAGUAAAGAAAUUAAACUUGAAAGGUUAAAAUUUCCCAGUUUGAUGCCAAUAGAUCUCAAGUCGAAGCUAGUUCAGUGUAUUGUUUACACACAAGUUUUAACAUCUUUAGAUAUUCUCAGGGAUUUAAUCAAAAGUUUGAUUGACAUGGAUGUUGAAGCUUAUGGUGAUGUUCACUAUGACAUCGCUGAACCAAUGGUUGAAUGUGGGUAUUUUGAGGAGGCAAAACCAAUUCUUUACUCGUUGGUGAACUCGGAAAAAUAUAACAAGGCUGCAGUGUGGCUGACCUACGGUCAGUGCUUGAAUGCUUUAGGAGAUAUUAAAGGAGCGGCUGAAGCCUACACGCAGGUGGUAGAAAAAGCACCCGGUCAUUACGGUGCCAGGGUCACUCUGUCCUCCUUGCUGCAGCAGAUGGGCCAAAAUGAAGUGGCCCUAGAUGUUCUAUCAAAAGGUUCAUUAGAGGAAGGGGAAGCAACUGCAGACCAACUCUUGUUGAUUCACAAGUGCCAGUUACUUCACUCCCAGGGUAAAAUAGAUGAGUUUAUUGCCACGGCUAGAAAGUUAUUGUCUUACCACUUUCCUGGUCAGUUGAAGCCUGACUUUAUCAAAGUUUUGUUGGGGAUGAGAACUUCUAAAAGUAGGAGGUCUAUUUUACCCCAGUUCAUGGGUAGCAGUAAAAAAUUGAGCAAAGAAAAAAAAAUGGAGGCUGAAGCUACUGAAAACAAAGAGUUAAAAGGUGGAGAGGAAAGAAAAUUUAGAGCCAAUUUAUGGGAUAUCCAUCUCAAGGUGUGUCGAGCUAUGCAUGAAAAAGGUUUGAUGGAUGAUCUGCUUGAAACUGCCACACUAGGCAUGAUCUGUCCAGUGUUUGCUCCAGAUCAGGCCAUGGUCAAGGAUGCAGAGUUCAUGUGUAUGAAGGUAGGCUCAGUGGGCAUCAACAUCUAUCAUCUGGCUAGGAACAUGAUUGUUGAAGAAAAAGACAACAACCAAGCUUGGAACUUGUACAAUUAUGUAGUCACCAGACUGAAAGAAGUAACAGAUCUGAGGUUUGCAACAAGAGCAUUAAUGAAGAACCCAGAUAGUUUGGCAUUGGGCAUGUUGAAUGGAAAUGCUCGAAUGAUUUCUGGAACAUACAAGCAAGCUUUGGGUGAGUACUUGGCUGUAUUUCGGCAGACGCCGGACAACGACAUGGCCCUCCUGUGUUCUGCUCUGUGUCUGGUUCACAUUGCAUCCCAGUCCUACAUCAGCAGAAAAAAUCCCCUUCUAGCCCAGGUGAUUUGCCUAAUGAAUGCCUACAAGGAAAUGCGCGGGGAGUGCCAGGAAUCUUAUUACAACAUGGGUCGUGCUAUGCACCAGUUAAAUAUUAUCUACGCAGCAGUCUACUACUACAAGAAAGCUCUAGAAUUCCCACCUAUAGUUGUUGAUGAACAGGGAACCUUUGACCUCAGCCAUGAGAUUGCCUACAACCUGGCGCUGAUCUAUAACAAGUCAAACAACCCUGAGAUGGCAAGCUACUACAUUGAGAAGUACUGUGUCAUUUAAAGUACCUUGUACUGUGUCAUUUAAAGUACCCUGUACUGUGUCAUUUAGAGUACCUUGUACUAUGUCAUUUAGAGUACAUUGUACUGUGUCAUUUAAAGUACCGUGUACUGUGUCAUUUAGAGUACCUUGUACUGUGUCAUUUAAAGUACUUUGUACUGUGUCAUUUAAAGUACCUUGUACUGUGUCAUUUAAAGUACCUUGACAUUUGAAAUGGUGGAUACUGUGUCAUUUAAAAUAAUAUGCUGUGCACCAUGUUAAGUGAUAGAUGGUGUCAUUUAAAGUACCUUGUACUGUGUCAUUUAAAGUACCUUGUACUGUGUCAUUUAAAGUACCUUGUACUGUGUCAUUUAAAGUACCUUGUACUGUGUCAUUUAAAGUACCUUGUACUGUGUCAUUUAAAUUACCUUGUACUGUGUCAUUUAAAGUACCUUGUACUGUGUCAUUUAAAGUACCUUGUACUGUGUCAUUUAAAGUACCCUGUACUGUGUCAUUUAAAGUACCUUGUACUGUGUCAUUUAAAGUACCUUGUACUGUGUCAUUUAAAGUACCUUGACAUUUGAAAUGGUGGAUACUGAGUCAUUUAAAAUAAUAUGCACUGCACCAUGUUAAGUGAUAGAUGGUGUUAUUUAAAGUGAUAGGUUUUUUUAAAAUGAGAGGUACUGUGCAGUGUGAUUAUUGUUAUAUCAGUCAUAAGCACUGUGACUUUUUAAAGUUAUAAUUAGAAGGUCUAUGUACUCAUAAUACAAAGCAGUAUUCAAAUAAGUGAAACAAUGAAACAUCUAAAGGUACUAUCAAUGUACUUGAAUCACAAGUACAAUACCUUGUCAUUUAAAAGUACUGUCCCUUGAAUCACAAGUACAGAACCAUAUCAGUUAAAAGUACUGUCCUUUGAAUCACAAGUACAAUACCAUGUCAUUUAAAAUUACUGUCCUUUGAAUCACAAGUACAAUGGCUUGUCAGUUAAAAGUACUGUCCCUUGAAUCACUAGAACAAUACCUUGUUUAAAAGUUAAGAGCUGUGUUAUUGGCAAGUGACAAUAAUUGUUAUUUAUAGUUUGAAAAGUAUUUUGUAAAUAAACCAUGUUAUUUUAUAAGUCGCUGCUGUAAUUGAUUUAUUGUUCAUUUCCUGUAUAUGUGUACAUAAUUUAUAUAAUAAAAAUGUUAUCAAUGUUUUGAUUGAACAUUGUGCUGUAAUAAA